AAACCCGCACUUCGGCGGGACGUUAGACGAAAUGCAGAAAAAACCAGUUCUACUGAUUGUAAUUUACCUACAGCAUUUGGCCUAUUGUUAUUACGAUUUUCCUCUAUUAACUAAACCAAAGGAAAUAUGGGCCGAAUUAACUGAGGAGACCAACUCUCAAUCAAAUCAAGAUGUUCGGGUAUAUCCCGGGGAGGAAUGUGAUCGCACGUGCAGUACCAAUGAGCCACCGAGAGUCUGCUAUUUUCAUUGGACUCUGGAAAAUUACGCCUCAAUGGGAUCAUCAUGUUGGGACUGCGCCCGCGGAAUUCGGGAACACUGCUUCCAUUCCCAGUGUGUAACAGGUAAUGGAAUGGAACGUGCUAUAGUAUCUAUCAACCGAAAAAUGCCUGGUCCUUCGAUUUAUGUUUGCCGAAACGAUACGAUUGUGGUCGACGUUCUUAACAGUAUGGAAGGACUUGCUUCCACGAUUCACUGGCAUGGUUUUCACCAGAAAGACACACCAUGGAUGGACGGCGUUCCGAUGAUUACACAGUGCCCAAUUCCAUCGGGAACCACCUUCCGAUACUCGUUCACGGCAAAAGAAGCUGGAACCCAGUGGUAUCAUUCACACUCAGGAUAUCAGAAACCUAACGGGCAUAUUGGGGCUGCCAUUGUGAGGAAUCCUAGUGACAUAAACGCCGAUUUAUACGACUAUGACCAUUCAGAACAUGUAAUGAUCAUAUCGGACUGGACGUUGGAUUCGGUGGAACGGUGGGUACCGGGAUUGCAAAGUUCUCAAAUGAGAGUUGAUUCCGUGCUGAUCAAUGGUCGUGGGCGAUACAAGCACAUAGACUACGUCCCGUUGACAGUGUUUCGUGUUCGACCAAACAAACGUUACCGCUUUCGGUUGAUCAGCGCAGGCAGUCAGUACUGUCCGUUUCGAUUGCAAAUCGAAAAACAUAGAAUGAUGAUAAUUUCUACCGACGGAGGUGCAGUGAAGCCGCACAUUGUUGAUACGCUUAUUUCUGUGUCCGGAGAGCGGUAUGAUUUCGUGCUGCGCACCGAUCAGUUAGAAGGUAAUUACUGGAUUCGUGUUCGCGGUAUCGGAUUCUGCAACAAGAUAAACGUGGAAGGAUUUGCCAUUCUCUCGUAUGCAGAUCCGACCAUUCCUACGGAAGAUCUCAUGUUUCCCGUUGACGAUCCGCCAAACUUCGACGAUGAGUUUCCGCUCGGAAUCACGCUGAACCAUCACACGGCUCGUUGUUACACACCACACGACAACGACACCUGUGCCGCCGACCUGGAAUCGCACGAAGUGUUCCGAGACAAAGAGCUGAUCGAAUCGCGCCCCGAUAAGCGGCUAUAUUUAGGCUUCGAUGUUAUCGAGUCCAACAAUAGCUUGCUUUUCUCGCAGCAGGGAUAUGUUCAUUAUGCUACCGUUCGGAACGCUUUUAACGCAAUAGGAGUUACAAACAAUAUUAGCUUCAUUUGGCCUAGCUUUCCGUUGCUUAUUCAACCAGAACUUAUUACAAACGAGAACCGGCAAUUUUGCAAUGACACACAUCUACCUGCACAAUGCAACGAUUAUGCCAUUUGCUUUUGCACCCACAAAUUAAAGGUUGACCUGAAUGACAUCGUCGAAGUGGUUUUAUUUGAUACGGCACUUUGCACUCAGGACUUCUAUCAUCCGUAUCAUAUUCACGGUCAUCGAUUUAUUGUCACCGACAUGGGUCGCCUACCAGAGGAAGCAAUGAACCGACGAUUGGACUACUUGCAGGAGAACAAGUUCACUCGCAAACCCAACAGCCACAACCCACCAUACAAGGACACGAUAUCGAUUCCCAACAAAGGUUUCGUUCGGACACGCUUCAGGGCGAAUAAUCCCGGUUUCUGGCUGAUACAUUGUCACUUCGAAUGGCACCUGGGCACCGGCAUGGGUCUCGUUUUGCAGGUCGGUGAAGUACACGAGAUGAGGAAAGCGCCACCAGAUUUUCCACGCUGCGGGAAUUUCAAAACGAAACUGAACGGACUGGAUUAAUGAUGACAACCGCGUAGGUGCAUGCCAAUGAAGUCAUCCGGAAGAUUGCAACAACGUUUUCAACCGUGCGACAAGGCAUAAGUGCAACGCUUCAGUAAUUCCACCGCCGAGCAAUGAGAAAGAGUACCUAUAAUUGAGAUGCAGCUUUUUCCUGUCAUGACAGAAAUGCUAAUGGUUGUUAACGUUAAUGCCUCAAUGGUCGUUUCGUUCACCAAAUGGUGCAUGUGUCGAUGAAAUUUUACAGUUUCGGAUGCGUUUCUGGGAAAACAUUUUUCUAUCUGCUUAUUUCAUGUUUUCAUUUGUCAUAAGGUUCACGUUAGCAAAAGUUUUGUAGUCAUCGAAUGCAAGCAAUUUCAA